GCGAAAUGCCAUUUGUCCCCACCCACCUCGCUGCCGACCCCCUCAUCCGGCACCUGUGGAAAGAGCUUCCUUUUUGCUUCGACACAUCAGGUACAUUAUUACCCUGCAGAUGUCAAUCCGAGCCCAUCAAACUUUUCUUCCCUCCUCCUCUCUUUUUUUUCCGAGCUGUUUGCAUUGCUCGUCCUCUUCCAGCUGCGUCAUGGAUUACACCGUCGCAUCCCGCUCUGCGGUACAUAGGUCCACGGUAGUGUCACCGGACACCCAACCCACCAUAAUAAUUCGACAGUGUUUCUCCCAAGCUCUUCAACCACCAGAGUCAUCCAAGGCAAGGCAUUGCCAGUCAGCAACUAACUAUACCUCUCCUAAUGAGAUGAACAUAGAGAGGAGAGGAGAGGAUAGGAUAACAGGGAGUACAGAUGGCACAGCACCGUUGCGCUGUGACCACUCGAUGGGCAUGUUUGCCAAACCCUUGCAGUCGUCGUUCCCUGUUUUGGCGACCAAAAUCCAACCGUCCACACCGUUGUCUCUCCCCCCCACCCGCCGCUGACGAAUCGACACCGUGGGGACCGGGAUAAGACCCUGAAAGCCGCUUCGCACAGUGCUGGUGUACGCGAGGUGCUUCAUGCGUCUGAACACCGCUGUCGGCACUGGGGAAGUUGGUGUCUCAUAUACAAGCACUGAUUCUGCGAGCAGGAGGCGUCGAUGAGGACUGCCACUACUACACUUCAGUCAUCAAACAUCGACAUGUCGACAUGCCCGAUACUGUCUGUCACAGAAAGACUCCAAACCUUUGCAUAUUUAGCCUUUAUUGGUUCCCACUCCUCCGUCUAUCUUGGGUGCUUCCAAGAAGCUUGUCCACCACACUACCACGCAACGUGUAAAGCCAAGCUACACGGGCAACGUAGCCGUGAAAAUAACCACGGCAACACGGUACCCGAGCGCGGAAUUUGGUGUCAGGGGAAUGCCAGAUGGAAACCGAUCAGCAUCUCAUCGAGCAAGACAUUGGUGUAUAUCAUCGGUACGAUGUACAGAUAUUCACCCCCAGACAUUGCACAGAUUGGUUUCCCAGUCAGCCCUCAGCACGUCUCGCACUGUGUCCACGACCGUCGAUCAUCCAGUCCAAUGUCCGCAAACCAAUCUCUCGCCAGAAAACUUGACGCGGGAUCAACCCUACAGACCACCCCUCGUUGGUUACACCGUGUCACCGACUCAGCUGCUUUCCCCGCUACACAAUUUACCUCGCCCCCGAACAGCCCGCCAUAACGUCAGUCUAGCGGUGGACUCACUCACCACACACGGCAAAGCUCCCCGUCCUAUCACCUUCUCCAUUCCGUUAUGACCUGCUCUUGUGCUUCUCGUGAGACCACGACAUGGUCAACACGCUGUGGGAUUCUUACACGUCUUGAACUGUACAAGUGGCCGGUGACAGCACACGGUAAACACUCACCGACGCCCCUCCCCUCACCUCGACCCGUGCCAAGACCAUUUCCUAGAAACUGGGCGCCCUGUUGCAUAUCUUGUCGUGAUGGACUUUUCUCCAGCGGGAUAAUACCUCCGGUCUGGGAGUCUGGGCACACCGUCGUUGAUGAGGGGAGGACUGCGAUCCUCGGACAACCCAUUACGGCAUCCCUGGUCUUGGCCCUCGGCACUAUCACCAACCUCAGCGCAACACUAGACUUGAAGUGUCCAAGAUGUAUCUCUGCACAGCAUGUCGUUUGGUAUUGGGCGAGGCUAGAUCGUGAUAGGAACCCACGAUCCACUCUAGUCCUGCUGCUGCCUGUAUCAACUGAUGCUGCUGCACCUGACAUGCAUAGUUUUUUCCCACUAGCCAUCUACCUACAGGAUCAUGUUCUGCAGUGCUACAUGCUGUGUCACUUUGCAAAGAUCUUCAGGCUGUGAGGAGAGCUGAGAAAUCAAAAUAGGUUCAUAGCCCCCAGCGGCUCAGUUAGGAACUAUGUAUUCUAGUACCCCUCCUCUUCAUGAAGAUAAUAUGGAUUUCACGAUCGAACAAUCAUACCAGUGAUCGGGUUUCGUAGUUGCUAUGAGGAAAUCUAGCCGCAGGACUACCGCAGACGUCAGCAGGGCGCAGCGUAGGUACCGUUGGGGUAGGGUAAGCUGAGCGGGACGUGCCGCCCCCCGGUUCUAUGAUCGUAGUAGAAAGAACUAUGGUGUAACAAGGUCUUUGCUGCUGGCUACAUUGCACCUUUGUGCAAUACAGAUACAUGGG